GUGUGUGUGUGUGUGUGUGUGUGUGCAGAGAGACUCUGGGGAGGGGAGUUUCUGUCUGUAACUCAGGGAUAAAUAGAGAGGCAGAGCUCAGAGUUUCUCAGAAGGCGGACCUGACAGGGUCACACAGGACCAAGCAGGACCUCAGCAUUUUGAAUUGAAUUACAUAUGGAGAAACAUGAAGAUGUUCAAUACUGUUUUCAAGACGGAAACUCUUCUUGCAGAAAGGCUUUGCUAUCGACAUCUAUCUACAUAACACUGUACAUCUUCUUCUCAUUGAUUUCAGCAGUUACAGUAUUUUUGAACGUACUGGUGAUCAUCUCCAUCUCUCACUUCAAGCAGCUCCACACUCCAACCAACCUGCUCAUCCUCUCUUUGGCUGUGUCAGAUCUCCUGGUGGGACUGAUUGUGAUACCAGUAGUGACUGUAGCAAUAAUGGAAUCAUGCUGGGGUUUUGGGGAAUAUUUCUGUGCGUUUCAAUUCUACAUCUCUUUUUUAUGUACUUCCUUAUCUCUGGGUAAUUUGGUCCUUAUAUCUAUUGACCGCUAUGUUGCUGUGUGUCAUCCCUUAUUGUACCACUCUAGAAUAACAAUAAGAAGAAUGAUGUGUUGUAUAUCCAUUACCUGGUGGUGUUGUAUCAUAUACGAUGCUGUCAUUAUAAAAAACUUUGUAAAUGUGCAGACACCCAGUAGGUGUUUGAAGGAAUGUUUUAUUGUUGAAGGAAAAACCUGGGUCAAUAACAUAAUUGACCUUGUAAUUACAAUGGUUGUCCCGUGCUCUAUUAUUAUAACACUUUAUUUGAAAAUCUCUGUGGUGGCCAGAUCACAGGCCAGAAAGGUAUUUUCAAAAGAGGCUGUCAGUGUGUCUGGUGUUAAAACUGUACAGGCAAAUAAGUCUGAGAGAAAAGCAACAAAAACUGUUUCUAUUGUUGUUUUCAACUAUCUCAUUUGUUGGAUUCCCUCUCUAUUUCCUUUCCUUUUUGUAUAUUUUUUAAGUGAAAAUGUUUUAACCUUUAUCAUCAGCUUUCUGCCACUUGUCAAUUCCUUAAUUAAUCCAAUAAUUUAUGCUUUCUUUUAUCCUUGGUUCAAAGUGACAGCUAAACUUAUUUUAACUCGGAAGUUAAGGCGUUCAUAGUUCCUACCUUUUAUUCCAACAUUUGACUAACAUAGAUUUGCCAUAGUUAUGUAAUACAAUUGUUGUAAUUGCUUCUUUCAUGUAACAAUACACUGACGUGACUUA